AGCGCAGCUACCCGACGUUUUCCCCUCCUCCUUCGUGUUUGUUUUCGGGCGGCUCGAUCUGGGGUGGGCGGUAUAGCAGGCGCAUGCGUGUCCUGCGCUCAUUUGAGAUGUUAACGACGACAAAGAUAGAAAACAUUCACAGCAGAUGUCGAUUUCGAUCAUAAUGCUCUUCGUGUAUCCAGAAAUAGCAAUAUAAUUUCCCACACCUUACUGUUCAUAUUACAUGAUAUGACGGAGCAGUUUAAAUCGCCCACAAUAAUUUUAUGUUGCCUGCUUGUUAGCAAGCUAACUAGCGAGCUACAUUAACGUUUGUUUUGCUAGCUUGCUGUGUAAUCCCCUGUCUGAUGUUAAACAUUAGCUAGCCAACCGUUUUGAAGGACAGCUGCUUCAUUCAAACAGCAACGUUAGGUUCCACUGUCAUUUUAGUGUUGGUUUUCCUGGUAUAAAUCACGUUAUUAUGAGCGUGUUAUUAACACGUUCAGCUGAUAGAUGGAACUCUGAUGAUAUCGCACCUUGCACUUUUUGAUUUAUUCCACAUACGAGCACAUGACGCCAUAAGGAAUUAAGUUAGUUUCCUGAAUGAAGCAACACUACCUGCCUGGCGUUAAAGAAGGCGAAGGCUAUCGGCAAUGGGCCUCUAGAUUACCACUUUGUGCGAAUACAUAAUGCAGCAAACAUGGCAGGACAGAUGAGGAGAAAUGACAAGUGAAAAUCACGGCACAGUGAAGGGGGAGUCAGCAGUGAUGUCUCCUACCGGGUCCUCAUCCCAGGGGCCACCACUUCUGCCCUCAACCAGCAAACCAACCCAAGAGCUACCUGAUGAACUGAUUCAGGCUGGCUGGACAAAAUGUUGGAGCAAGAGAGAAAACCGGCCAUAUUACUUCAAUCGUUUCACCAACCAGUCAUUGUGGGAGGUGCCUGUUCUUGGGCAGCAUGAUGUUAUUUCUGACCCUCUGGGUUUGAAUGCGGCCCCGGUCGGUGGGGAGGCUCCGGGUGCUGCUGGAGGGGCUGGCGAUGCAAACAUGGGUAAUGGCCAGCGCAAGAGACGCCCUUCAGAGGAGGCUGCUUUUGGGGGUCCCAACAGCUUUAAGAGGCCCAAGGUGGAUAUACCUGUAACUCCCACCACGCCUACAAUUCCCAUAUCACCCAGCACCCCAGGUGCCAAACCAUGGAAUUCCUCUUCAGAGGACAAGCAGGCACAGCCUACUACACCUACUCCCACCCCGGCGUCUGCAUCUGCGCCUGCCCCCACACCUGCUCCCGCUCCCGCUCCCGCUCCAUACCGUCCUUCUGUAGUGUAUUGGGACCUGGACAUCCAGACCAACGCAGUAAUCCGAGAACGGCAACCGGCUGACCACCUGCCACCCCAUCCGGAGAUUGAGAUGCAGCGUGCCCAGCUCACUACAAAGCUCCGGCAGCACUAUCAUGAGCUCUGCUCUCAGCGGGAAGGUAUUGAGCCUCCCCGUGAGUCUUUCAACCGGUGGCUUUUAGAACGGAAGGUGGGGGACAAAGGUGUCGAUCCCCUGCUGCCGAGUGAGUGUGAUCCUGUCAUCUCGCCGUCCAUGUUCCGGGAAAUCAUGAAUGACAUCCCCAUUAGGCUAUCGCGCAUCAAAUACAAAGAAGAGGCACGGAAGCUCUUGUUCAAGUAUGCAGAAGCUGCGAAGAAAAUGAUAGACUCAAGGAAUGCCACACCAGACAGCAGGAAAGUGGUGAAAUGGAAUGUGGAGGACACCAUGAACUGGCUGAGGAAAGACAUGUCAGCAAGCAAAGAAGACUACAUGGACCGCCUCGAGCACUUAAGGAAACAGUGUGGGCCCCAUGUGACAGCAGUUGCCAAGGACUCGGUGGAGGGGAUCUGCACCAAGAUCUACCACAUCUCAGCCGAGUAUGUGCGCCGCAUCCGCCAGAUUCACCUCAACCUCCUCAAAGACUGCAACAUCACAGUGGACAGUGCAGAGACUCCAGACGUGCAGGACAGGCUGGUCUACUGCUACCCCAUCAGAUUGAACAUUGCCUCGCCUCCCCAGCCCCGUGUAGAGCUGCACUUUGAGAAUGAUGUCGCCUGCCUUCGCUUCAAGGGUGAAAUGGUGAAAGUCAGCCGCAGCUACUUCAGCAAACUGGAGCUUCUUUACCGGUAUAGCUGCAUCGAUGACCCGAGGUUUGAGAAGUUCCUUUCGCGUGUGUGGUGCCUUAUAAAGAGAUACCAGGUGAUGUUUGGCUCUGGUGUGAAUGAGGGCACUGGUCUACAGGGGGCUCUCCCCGUUCCUGUGUUUGAGGCUCUCCACAAGCAGUUUGGAGUCACUUUCGAGUGUUUUGCAUCGCCGCUCAACUGUUACUUCAAACAGUUCUGCUCUGCUUUCCCUGACACCGAUGGUUUCUUUGGAUCCAGGGGACCUUUCCUAAGCUUCUCUCCAGCCAGUGGAUCAUUUGAGGCAAACCCCCCUUUCUGUGAGGAGUUGAUGGACGCAAUGGUUACUCACUUUGAGGAUCUGCUGGAGCGCUCCAGUGAGCCUUUGUCUUUCAUCAUCUUUGUGCCGGAGUGGCGAGACCCGCCGACCCCUGCUCUAACACGCAUGGAAGCCAGCCGGUUUCGCCGGCACCAGCUGAUUGUUUCUGCUUUCGAGCACGAGUACCGGAGUGGCUCCCAACACAUCUGCAAGAAGGAAGAGAUGUACUACAAGGCCAUCCACGGAACAGCGGUGCUUUUUCUCCAGAAUGCGGCCGGCUUUGCCAAGUGGGAGCCCAACGCAGAGCGCAUUCAGGAACUCCUGACGGCCUACAAAGUCUUCGGCCGCUCCCUGGCCUCCCCAGGAACCUCGUCGUCGUCCUCCUCUUCUUCCUCCUCAACCGGAGGUGGCGCUGGAGACAAAGACUCCAAGGCAGGGCCUGAGCGUUCUGCAAGCCUAGACACGGCAGGCAGCCAAGACUUAAAUAGUCCAGGAGAGAAGACCACACCAGAUGCAGCAAGUGUUUAAACAGAGGAGGUAGUGAAGAAAUGUGUGUUGGGAUGUGUGUGUGUGCGUGUAUGUAUGUGUGUAUGCAUGCAAGACGCAACUCUGAAGUGCUGCUGAAGGAGUUCGUUAUUGGGAUAGAGUCUCAGUUAAUUAGCACUAUGGGGAGGUCUAUGAUACAUGUUUACUUUCUCGCCUCUACUAUUUAAUAUUAGUUGGUUUGAGUUGUCAUUACAGUUUUUUUUUAUCAUUGUUGUCUUUUUUUAAUUACAUAGUUGUCGAGGGUGUCGAUUGGCAUUGCAGUUGUUCUAGACUUUGAUCUGUCAUUCAAGUCAUUGUUCUUGCUUGCUGACAGUGCAAGUUUCACUGUCUAAAAUUAGGUGAAGAAAAUCCUUCUGUAGAAGGAAGUGUUUUUUUUCCCCUUUUUUUUUUCUGUGAGUGUGCAACAGAAGGGAGACGUACAAUCCCUCGAUUUUUGGCAGCUAUGUUUUUGUAAACCCCCCCUCUCCAAAGUGUGGAGGAGAAACAUCAUCAGUAAAGCCUUGUACAUACCACAUCCCCAUAGUAUAAUAGAUUCUUACAUUGUGCAUUACUUGGCCUGUCUACGUGCAACAGACAUUAUACGUCACUUAGCCUGUCUACAUGCAAGGUCGUCCUCUCUGUCCCUGUCUUCAAUGAAGAACUGGACUUGAUCUUGUUUGAAGAGUUUAUUUUCUUUUUGUGGACAAGCCGCUUGAGACAAGAAGUCCUUUUCAGUGCAUCUCUUGGUGGUUUCAGGAGGGCCGCCACCGUUGCAUGAGGUCCAGAUUCACAGAGCUCAGUGGCAUACAUGCGCGUCAAAGUGUUGUGUUUUUUCCCCCCUGCCCACCUCCACCCCUACCUGCCUUGUCGUAUCAGCUUCCUGUUUUUCUUAUGUUCCCUUGGUGGAGAAGGAGCUUUCUCAGACAGAGAUGAUCUGUCGACGGAAUGCUUGUGUUUCUUUCUGAUGCAGACCCUCUUGUUCCCUUUGCCAGUAUAUCCACCAUGCCCCCUUCCCCCCAAGCUCCUUUUGGGACAUUGUAAGCCCCGUUGAAAUAUAUCAAAUGCCUGGAUCCAUGUGAGAGAACAAUCAUGCAUAAUUAUUAAGACAUAUAUCAUAAAGACAGGAUACACAGACAAACUAAAGAGUCAGUUUGUUUUGGUUUGAAUAACCAAAUCUAUCGUUUAUCGUCUCUGCUCAUAACCUUUUGUCUGAUUUAGCGGUCACUGGCUAAAGCAAGGUGCAGAUAUUAAUUGUCAUUCAUAUAGCCUUCUUGUCAAUAUCAGACUAUGAUAAAGAUGUGCCUGUAAACAUAUUGGAAUGAAGAUCAAAUCACCAAAUCAGGUUUAUUUGAUCAUUUCUAAAUUAUCCCUACUGCAAUUUCAGAGAAGUAAAUAUCGCCACCUUAUGGACAAGAAAGUGAGAAGAAAAUGUUACUGUUCAAUAUAGUAUGUAAUGGUAACUGAGAGGCAUGUACCCCUGCCACCCCCCAGCCCUUUCCCAUUUGGUAUGGGAAUACAGUUUUCCUUAUUACCUUGCCCUUUACCAAAACCCUCCUUUUUUAAAAAUGUUUAAAGUCAUAAUAUGUACGUUUGUCUGUAAUAUUGAAUAUAGAUGAGUACAUACAGACAAGAGUCCUAUAGGAUGGUGUUAAAGGUGUUUUUUGUUGUUUUAUUAUUUUAAAUUUAAAUAACUAGUGGCAUAACUAGUGAAAACCCUAUAAAAAUACAUGCCUAAAAACCCUAUAAAAAUACAAAUUUGCCUGUUACCGCGAACCACUUGCUGAAUGGACUUGCUCUCAAGUGUAAUUCUUGCCUGCUGUUGCAUUACAAAGUUGUUUAUAAAACAUUUGCAGAUUCAUCCCUAAAAAUAGGCUGCAGUUGGCAAACUAAUAUGUUUGUGUGAUCCAUUGAGUCUACCUCUUGGUGAAUCUUAGUGGUCGAAACGGGACAGGAUAUCCUGUUAGACGUUGUUUAAAAAUAUAUUGCAUAUUAGAGUUACACAUUAAUGGCUGUCUGAUCAUUAGGCCUAUAGUUUUGUCCUAUUUUGAAGAUGAUUUAUCUUCAUUUUUUCACAGUGGCGUACAUUUAUGCUUAAAAUUAUUUAUAACCUGAUAAUUUUGUCUUUUUUUUUUUAUUAUUUUAUUUGAAAUGUUUACACCUGUUUGAGAUUAGAUUGCAUCACUAGGCAGCGUAAUGAAUGUAAAAUUUAAAAAAGAAAAAAAGAAAAGCAGAAGUCAUACUGUAUAAAGGAUUUGAAAAAAUAUACAGUAUAUAAAAAUAUACACAGACACACUUAUUCUGUUAGGCGCAAUAUAAAGUGUUCUUGUAGAUUUUCUUCUUGAUGUUCAGUUUGGCUUUGUUAUUGUAAUUAGUGUUGACACUACAAUAACUGUCUCAUGGUUGCCGAAACACCCAUAGAAUGAGCUUAGAUCUGUAGCCUCACAAUGUCCCAUCCACACCCUUUGUAUAUAAUCACAGUAAAGGUCUCCUUCUCUUAGUUUUCCUCCACAGAUAAAUGUCAUGGUCUCAAUAAGCCAAAGGCUUUGGCAUAGGCCAACUUGUCCAUGCAGUUGACAUUGUGCUAUUCUUGUUUGACUUUUGAACAGAAAUUGUAAUUGUAACCUCUGACUCUUGAGGACAGAAACUUCAGUCAUCAAGAUUCUUUGUUUGAGCGUUGAGCACCUGUUGGAUGAAGGUCCCUGCGUGCUUCUGUCACCAGCAAAAAGAGACUGUAGAUAUUGUACAGGAAAUUGGUAUGAAGUAUGUGUUAUAUUUCUCUAUGCCACACAGUUGUAUUGAGCUCUUUUGAAAAUUUAAAUGUAUUUUUGUCUCGUCUCCAUGCUUUUUUAUUUGAUUUAAUUUUUUCAUUUGUUUCUUUUUUUAAAACAAAAAUCUGUUUGUAAAUUAUACAGUUUAUGAAACAGAGGACAUUUUAAUCUAAACCAAAGUGUUAUUAAGAAGAAUUUAUCUUGUAAGUACACGUAGAAUUAUGUAUGAUUUGCAUCAGUAAUGCACAAGGUGUAACCAGCAAAAUUACCCCUUGAGUUUAUUUUUGUAUUUCUUUUGUGUUCUAUCAAAAUUUAUGUUCGGAAUUUAUUGUGCAUGAACUGAUAUUUUCACAAUCUAAAAAUAUUAAAUGUAUGUAUUAAAUUAGCUCAUUGACUUUGUUCUACUUAGUCAUUUUUAUUAAGAAUUUUAUUUUCAUACAUUUUCCGAUGUUCAAUCUUUGAAUUUACCUGAUUUGUUUACCCUUAAGUUCGUUCAGUGUGUAGAUCUGUAUACUAAGAAUGUUUUUAUUAAUGUACUUCCUAUGGGCAAAUAUAAGGUGAAUGUAGAUUAUGCAUAUUGGUGUUCCAAUUGUUCUUAAAAAAAAAAACAAAGUUUCAUUUUAUUGCAUUUGUUUCGUAGACAAACAAUGUUUCAAUGAUUCUUCUGAUCUGAAAUCAAGACACAUACCUCCACAUUCACCUAGUUAAAUGUGCGUACCAUGUAGGCUUACCCUCUGCUUAAAUAAACUCAUCUGCAAUAAUUGA